CCUGCAGGUGCCCAGCUCUACCAGGUGAAUGAGCAGAGCUGACCUGACAGGAACACUGGUUCUUGAUUGUGUGACGGAACAUCUUCGCUGUUUGCCAAAUGGAAUUGUCCGUGGCCAUGUGUGGUCUCCUUUGCCUGCUCUUCAGCCAAGCUGUGCCCAUGUGUGUGCCCACGGACUACACUCUGUAUGAGGAGAGACGUGAAUGUGACUUCUGCGUGGCCAUCAAUACGACCAUUUGCAUGGGCUUCUGCUACUCAAGGGACAGUAACAUGAAGGAGUUGGCCGGACCGCGUUUCCUUAUCCAGAGAGGCUGUACCUAUGACCAGGUGGAGUACCGAACAGUCAUGCUACCUGGCUGCCCGCUCCAUGCCAACCCUCUCUUCACCUACCCCGUGGCCCUCAGCUGCCACUGUGGCACCUGCAACACAGACAGUGAUGAGUGUGCCCACAAGGCCAGCAGUGGAGACGGCGCCAGGUGUUCCAAGCCACUCAGACAAAUCUACCCAUACCCUGGCCUGAACAACUACAUCCCCCCCAACUGAUAACGCUCUCCCUUCCCUGGAUAGUUUGGCUGUAAUGACCAUAAUGACCAAUAAGGCAAGGAGAAUGGUCAGUUCAACUCAAGUUUAUGGUCACUAGCCAUAAUCAUUAUGAUAACAGAGCAGCAUUGUUGUAUUCAUGUGUUUGUGGUGGAUACAGUGAGCUACAGGGUGGUGUAUCCUAUUCAUCGUGACAUGUAUUGUUGCUGUUGUGUUUGGUAUGUGAAUAUGCCUUUUUGUUUGCCACUUUGCUUGCCAUGGAGGCUGAUCCUGGUAUUUCUGUCUGCCUCAUGUCUUUCCUGUCCACUGACUCACUGAGCUAUUUUGUUUACGGUGAACCAACAUCAUGAACGGGACGUUAUUAAAGCUGAAGUCUGUAAA